GUUACGUCGACGGUUGCCAUGGAGAGGCCCGCUCGGUUGGAACCGCGAGCGGGCGCCCGGAGCGUCGGGGUCUGAGCGUGGGUUUGAAGCCGCGUCCGCUACCGUCAUGAGCGGCCGAAGCCGGGGUCGAAAGUCCUCCCGCGCCAAAAACCGGGGCAAAGGCCGCGGCAAGGGCCGAGGCCGCCCUGCUCCCGACGACGCCCCCCGCGACCCGGACCCCCCACAGUGCCAGCGGCUCGGGGACGACGCCGAGGCGGCACAGGUGCAGGCUGGCGCGGGUUGGGGUGGCCUGGAAACCGCUGCGCCGGCGCCGCCCCUCAGGCCGGCGGAGGAGGCCGCCUGUGGGCUCCCCCUGGACUGUGGCCUCGCGCUCCGGGCCCGAGCUGCGGGGGACCGCGGGCUGGCCGCUACCAGGCCGGCCUCCGGGCAGACUAUGUCUCUAUCAGAACGCCUGGCAGCAGACACGGUCUUUGUGGGAACCGCGGGAACGGUGGCAAAGCCAAAAAACGCCCCCCGCGUUGGAAACCGGCGUGUCCCUACUGGGAAGAAGGCCUCAGAGACCUGUAGUGCCGUGGGCCGGGGGCCGCAGGCCGUAGCUGGCGGGAAGACGAAGAAAGGUGCGGCCGCCGCGGAGUGUGCCCCCGCGCCAGUGGGCGAGGAGAGGAGAGCGGAGAAGGAGCCGGGGUCGGGCCCCCCAGCCACCGACGGCAGCAUGGAUACGCUGGAGACCGUGCAGCUGAAGCUGGAGACCAUGAACGCGCAGGCGGACAGGGCCUACCUCCGCCUCUCGCGCAAGUUCGGGCAGUUGCGACUGCACCACCUGGAGCGCAGGAACCUCCUCAUCCAGAAUAUUCCCGGCUUCUGGGGUCAGGCGUUUCAGAAUCAUCCGCAGCUUUCCUCCUUCCUGAAUAACCAAGAUAAAGAAGUGCUCAGUUACUUGAAUAGCUUGGAAGUGGAAGAGCUGGGUCUCGCCAGAUUGGGCUACAAAAUCAAGUUCUACUUCGGCCGCAACCCCUAUUUCCAAAAUAAGGUGCUCAUCAAAGAAUAUGGGUGUGGCCCAUCGGGUCAAGUGAUAUCUCGUUCUACUCCAAUCCAGUGGCUCCCCGGGCACGACCUCCAGCCCGUAAGCCAGGGGAACCCAGAAAACAACCGUAGUUUCUUUGGGUGGUUUUCCAACCACAGCUCCAUUGAGUCUGACAAGAUUGUUGAGAUAAUCAACGAGGAACUGUGGCCCAACCCCCUGCAGUACUACCUUAUGAGUGAAGGGGCCCGCGGAGAGAAAGGAAGGGAGGUCAGGCCAAGUCCCACAAAGCAGCCAGGCGAGACCCCUGAGCCUGGGGUGAAACAGUCCAAUUGAUCCUGCCCAAGUUUCCCUACUACCUCCAUGCCGGGCGCGUUGCUGGCUGACUACAUGUGUGUUGGGCUGUCUGCCGUUUCUUUACGUUGGCCUCUUUGCACUGUAGCCCGUUUGGACUUUAGCUACAAGAAUAUGGCACUCAUGAUCAUGUUCUUUUGCCUCCCCACGGCCUUUGCUCGUUUACAGUAGUGUCACAUGUUACGCGAUUUUGUCCGCACACAUACUUUUCAGUUGUGUGCUGCCUUUCUCUGUACUGCUUGGACUCUCUUCUGGGCUCUGGCCUUUCCGACUUGUCUUUAACGUGGACACUCGUGGGUCAUCAUCCAGGAGGACCAGUUCAUUUUCAAGCUCUACUGCUUCAGGGCCAGUGACUUACUGGGCUUUGUGUUCACGGUGGCCAUGCGUGUCAUCCAUGGCACACUUUUCCAUUGCCAUGCCAACAUGUGCCAGUGCACAUGGUAGUGACCAUUAGCCAGAACUCAGUGUUCAUUACUCUGGGGUCACCAGCCAAGGUGCCAACUACUUUAUCUCCAGCUUUGGCCUGUGAUCUGUACUGCCCUGCUGGACACCCAGCAGAAUGGCCCUUGACUGACGGGCAUGGAAGAGGUUAAGGUCAAGAAGCAGUACGCCCUGUGUUUUAUGUCAUCAUACGUCUCUUCUUGCGUCACAGCCCUUCUGCUGGUGAACUUUCAUCAAGGUUUGGCCACUGAGUUUUGUCUAGGUUGCUGUUGACCCUGAUUAGCUUCCUGAUCAACAAGGACUUCGAGGAUUGCCUGUGGACCUGGGCCCCUGCCAGUGCAUGAAACACACUACCCUUCCCAGCUUUCCAGGAACUCUACUGGCUACCAGACUGAUGGGCGGGCUGGUAUGUGUGGACAUGUACUCACUGUCAUCCUGCUGUGGCGCCAGGUGAGGGUGGGGAAUCGGGUGCACAUGGAGUCCAGGUUCAGAUCUGGAUCACAUUUUGGACUUCAGGGAUUCAAAACUCUACCAUCCUUGGAACGAAAAGCAUCUGGAGGCUCCUUGUACCUUGAACGAAGAGUGGCAUUUUGAGGAGUGUAAACAAGUCAGAAACCCAAGAAUUACAGUUCAUCUAAAGUGAAGAAGCAUGCAGGCAAGAAAAAUACGCUGCCAAAUCCCACACAUUCAAGAGGAAUCUGGAGGCACGUUGUUGCCCACGAGCCUCCUACUGAGAAGCCCUGGAGAUAAGGAGGGACUGAUGUUCUACACACAGUCCUGUCUGUUCUCCUUCCAGGGAGGGGACCAGGGUGGGCCUGCAUGCUCUCUGAUGACAGGGGACUCAGGGACUUGAAGCAAACAACUUGCAGCCAGAAGGGGUGAGAUUGGCUCCACCUGCUUAUGCAUAGCUCCAGACAGUCUUCUCUCCCUGGAGGUUCUGGGGCAGACUCAGCAUGACCUUGUUGGAAAUGGUGUCCCUGAGAAUCUGUGUAGAUCAGCCUGCCCCGGUGCUGCUGUGGGCCGCUGUUCCUGUCUCCAUCAGGGCUGACCAAACCCCCUGCUUGCAACUCUCGGCUUGCAUAUGGGCAUUCCCUUUCCCCAGACUCCCUGCAGUAGCUGAUAAAGUCUUCAAAGGCCAGAACCACGUCUUUGCCAACAUGUACCACAGUCCCUGGCGCAGAGAAGGCAGGCGUUAGACAAGAAUCAGUGAAUGAAUGAGGUCUCACCAAACAACAGCUCUGCACUUGCUAGGAUUAUUUAUUUUAAUAUUAUGCAAACCACAGCACGGGCAUCCUCAACUCCUGCUCCUAAAUCCUUUGUGAUUGGUUAAUCAACAAGGUAUGUCUGAAGAUCACUACAGCCUAAGGACCAAGUGAGACAGAUGCAAUGGUGACUGCCCGCUUUGAGAGAACUAUUAAUCAGCUGCAUAAUAAUAAUGCUAGCCAUUUUACUAGAGGCUGCUUCUUCUAGAGCUCAGGGUUAAUCUUACGGAGUGCUUUGCUUCAUUAAAAAAAAUCCCAGCAAAGUUAAAGGACAACCCAAUUUCUAAUUACUCACCAGUAAUCACCAGCUGGCCUGUAAUAGGGCAGGAUUAAAAUUCAAAUCUUUAAGACUUCAGGCUCUGCUCUCAUAUGUUUCCUUGGAAUAAUACAUUUCUGCAUAGAGGAGCUAAUUAGUUGUAAUGGCAAGGGAAGUGUCCCAGCAGCAGAGAGCAGGGUUCAGUUUUCAGGCCCCACUGACUCUAGAGUCCUCUGCAUCUGGCCUGUGGCAUCCCAGGGCUUCCAAGUUUCCCUGUCAAUGCUGGCAGUGAGGAUGGAGAUGGACAAUGGGGAGCUGCUGAGACAGGAAGGUGCUUGGAAACAUUCUGGGAAAAUGGAACUUAAAGGCAAGUUUAUUUUGGUGCAAAAAAAAUUUGAAAUCUAUGCCAAUGAGGUAUUUUCAAAAAGCUCAUGAAAAAUGCAUAGUAUGAAGAAAACAUAGGUGGACGUCAAACUUUUUUGCACCGAAAUAAACUUAUCUUUGCAUUCCAUUUUUUUUAAACAAACAUGUGACAAUGUACCCUCACACUUGCAAAAACCUCAGUGUUCAUGCCUGUUUAGUGACACCGGAUCGAGAUGGUAUGACGUGCACUCAUACUUCAUGGAGAGUCAGUCCAUACACACCCACGGAGUGCUUCUGUAAGCAGGUGCUGUUGCAAGUGUUGAAGAUGAUAGUUAAGCGGGAGAAUCAUGGUCCCUACUCUGAUGACCUAGUAGAGAAGAUGGACAUUUAGCAAACAAAGGACUACAGAAGUGCGCAUUGCUGUGAAACAGGAGUGCACUGAACAUCCGGGGUGUAACGGGGGUGUGGUGGAGGCUGAGAGCAGGACCACCGGGAGAGGCACAUUGCACAACCUGUCUGCUCAGUUCAGCAGACAGGCAGAGGGAGGCCGUGAGAUACAAAUUGAAAAGGAGGAUGGCGAUUGGCUGGGUUCAGAAAGGGAGACAAGACUCCCAGGAAGAGGGAGUGUAUGUGCGUAAGUCCUGAGGCAGAAGGGAGUUGAGCAUGGCCAAAGAACUGGAGGAAGACUAGUGUGGCUAAACAAAAUCUGAGUGGUAGGCACUGCACAGGGCUGGGAAGGAGGGGUGGCGUCAGACAGGAUCCCAUUGAUUACACUUGCCACGGGAAAACAGUGGAGGGUUUUAGAACUGAAAAUGACAUGAUAUGAUUUAAGUCAUUUUGGGUGUCACUGGGGAAGGUGACAAGAUUGAAAGUGUAGAGAAGGGGUCAGGAAGCUGUUGCCAAGAGACAACUUGCAAGGGGUCUGAGCACACAAUAAAACUUAGCUUCAUUUUCCAUCUUUCUCAUAAUUGUUUCAUUCCUGAUAUGUCUCAAGGCACUUUUUAUUCAUUAUUUCAUUUGAUUUCCAUAAUAGUCCUGGCAUGAGCUUGGUCUUAUCAACCUCCCUUUCACACCUGCCGUAACUGAGGUUUGAGCAGAAAAAUGGUUCUCCCAAGAGGCAACAGCCAGUAACUACUGAAGUUGGUUCUGAAAUCAAAUCAAGGAACUUGGCCAAUCCUCAACUGCACUAUAACACACAAUAUCGAAAGCAAAUAUUUUUUUUCUUGCAUUAUCACAGUUUUAUUGCAGUAGCAAAAGAACAAACUCAUUUCUAUCAUUUAAUCAAAGAUUUCCAUGACCCAUUUUUCAUUACUCCAGCUGGACCAUGUAUACAGCUCUAUGUAUCUAGUGCUCAGUUCAGGUCACAUGUGCACUCCUUAACCAAUACGGUAAUAUCAGGCCCCCAUGACUUUUGAGAUAACAAAAUGUGAUUUUUUUUUCCAAAGGAAAAACCAAAUGCUCUUUUUUUUUUACAUUUUGUUAAGUCAAAAAUAUAUAAUAUUGGCAAUUUCAUAUAGUUCUACCUAAUAUUCAUUUUUUUUUGACAGGCAGAGUGGACAGUGAGAGAUAGAGAGACAGAGAGAAAGGUCUUCCUUUUUUUUUCUUUUUUUUAAAACUUUUAUUUAAUGAAUAUAAAUUUCCAAAGUACAGAAUAUUGAUUACAAUGGCUUCCCCCCAUAACAUCCCUCCAACCUGCAACCCUCCCCUUAUCCACUCCCUCUCCCCUUCCAUUCAUAUCAAGAUUCAUUUUCGAUUCUCUUUAUAUACAGAAGAUCAGUUUAGCAUACAUUAAGUAAAGAUUUCAACAGUUUGCUCCCACACAGAAACAUAAAGUGAAAAAUACUGUUUGAGUACUAGUUAUAGCAUUAAAUCUCAAUGUACAGCACACUAAGGACAAAGAUCCUACAUGAGGAGUAAGUGCACAGUGACUCCUGUUGUUGACUUAACAAAUUGACACUCUUGUUUAUGGCAUCAGUAAUCACCCUAGGCUCUUGUCAUGAGUUUCCAAGGCUAUGGAAGCCCCCUGAGUUCACUGACUCUGAUAAUUUUUAGACAAGGCCAUGGUCAAAGUGGAAGUUCUCUCCUCCCUUCAGAGAAAGGUACCUCCUUCUUUGAUGACCCAUUCUUUCCACUGGGAUCUCAUUCGCUGAGAUCUUUCAUUUAGGUUUUUUUUUUCCCCCUAAAGUGUCUUGGCUUUCCAUGCCUGAAAUACUCUCAUGGGCAUUUCAGCCGGAUCCGCAUGCCUUAAGGGCUGAUUAUGAGGCCAGAGUGCUGUUAGGACAUUUGCCAUUCUAUGGGUCUGCUGUGUAUCUCACUUCCCAUGUUGGAUCAUUCUCUCCCUUUUUUAUUCUAUCAGCUAGUAUUUGCAGACACUAGUCUUGUUUAUGUGAUCCCUUUGGUUCUUAGUCCUAUCAUUACGAUCAAUUGUGAACAGAAAUUGAUCACUGGGACUAGUGAGAUGGCAUUGGUACAUGCCACCUCGAUGGGAUUGAAUUGGAAUCCCCUGGUAUGUUUCUAACUCUACGUUUGAGGUAAGUCAGCUUGAGCAUGUCCUGAAUUGCACAUCUCUUCCCUCUCUUAUUCCCACUCUUAUAUUUAACAGCAAUCACUUUUCAGUUAAGUUUCAGCACUUAAGAAGAAUUGUGUAUUGAUUACAGUAUUCAACCAAAAGUAUUAAGUAGAACAAACAAAAAAAAAUACUAAGAGGGAUAACAUAUUAAGCUGCUCAUCACCAGUCAGGGUGAGGGCUGAUCAAGUCACCGUUUCUCAUAGUGUUCAUUUCACUUUAACAGGUUUCCUUUUUGGUGCUCAGUUAGUUGUCACCUAUCAAGGAGAACAAGUGGUAUUUGUCCAUUUGGGAUUGGCUUAUUUCACUCAACAUAAUGUUUUCCAAAUUCCUAACAGGGAUCACUUGAAAGCAAAUCUUAUAAUCACUUUUCAAAUGCUAAGAAGUAAUUUAAAAUGUCCAGGGCCAGGCGUUGUGGCACAAUGGGUUAAGCUGCUGCUUGAGAUGCCAGCAUCCCAUUUCUGAAUGCCUGGUUUGAGUCCCAAUUCCUCUGCUUCCUUUUGAGCUUCCCGUUAAUGAGCCUGGGAGACGGCAGACGAUGGCUGAAGUACUUGGGUCCAUGCCACCCAUUGGGGAGACUCAGAUAUGGUCCUGCCUCCUAGCUUCAGACUGCUCUGGCUGCUGUGGACAUUUGGGGAACAAACCAGCAGAUGGAAAAGUCUCUCUUUCUUUAUCUCUAUGUUGUGCUGCCUUUCAAGUAGAUGAAGAUUUUUUUAAAAAAAUUUAAUUUCCAGGCAUCAUGAUUUGCAAGAAGAAAAAAAGAAAAAUCCCAAGGAAAGAGCUGAUAUUUCCUAGGACUAACCUGAGUCAUCCACAUUUCUGAUCAGCUGAGUUGAGAACACUGUAUUUCAUCUGAGCCACAAUGGGCCUCUCUGCUUUUCAUCUUUAUUUAUCCCAGCGUGGCCCACUAAAAAGAAUUCAGUGUGCUCCCAGUCUUACAUGAUAUAUUUUUGCUCAUUAAGCACCAAACAGAGGUUAAGACAUAAACAAAUCAACAUUAUUUAUACCGAAUGAGACAAACAUUCCUCUCAAAGACUUUCAUUUCCUCUGGGAAGCAGUGCUACCUGAGCCACAGCCACCGAAGCAUGUAUUUUCUUUCCUUCAGAAGGAAAUGCCUCCUCCUUGCCAAACCUCCGACACAGCGUUCCCCUUGGAAGGUGAUGCUUCGGAGGGCCGCGGGGAGAAAGCUCAGACCGAAGCACUUCCCAGCCCUCUCCAGUGGGAGCCCUAUCCAGAACUGGCUGUGGGUGGUGCUUAAUGUUCUGUAAAUCUUAUAUCGAAAAGAGAUGCUUGGCACAAUCGCAUUGUAACGUUUUCCUCCAAGACCCCUCCUCGUCUGGGAGCUAGCAGCUCGAACCUUGAACAAACCCUUCCUAGGCCUUGCUUCCAAUGCCUGGUGAAGGAGGAGGCAGGCGUGGACCUAUCCUGCCUUUGUCCCUGACGGCUGUGGACCACCAGACAAAUUACUGUCACCUCUGCUUUGUGCUAUAAGGAUUAUAAUAUGCAGUUGGUUCUCUUCCCUUUUUUUUUUCUUUUCUUUCUUUUUUUUUUUUUUUUUGCCAGAGUUUUGUCAGAAACAAUUUACUUGGAUUUGUUGUUUUGCUCAAAUCUCUAUGGAAAUCACUAAUCCGGAGCAUUCCAAUCACGGUCCCAAUGAAAGCAUGAAGCUCAGAUGUGGCCACUGUGGCCCAGCAGGAAAUGGAGUAAACAUCAAAGUGGGAUUUUUUUUUCUUUUAGUAGGCUGGGCUGGGGAGGGGGAAAGGGACUUGGAAGCCAAAGCUGCUGUGCACCCAAGGUGUGCCCCAGUGGAAGGUCUGGGCUUGGACACUUAGGGGAGGCUGCUUGUGAGGGUACGAGGCAGCCGGAGGUUUUCUUUGGCUUUGCUUUGUUCUCAGCACUUGAGAUACCCCAUCCUGUUUCCCCAUGGCUCCUGCCCAGAGGUGGGAAGGAGGUGGUGUGCGCUGGCUUGUGCAGGGCUGCAUCUGGUGAUGUCAGAGCAUCUCCAUUCUGGAGAGGAAGCUGAGUCGGGACCUGCUCUGGCUGUCAUGAGGCAGCAGCAGCGGCAGAGGGGGAGCUUGGGAUGUGUUCUGCCCUCUUCUCUCCUUGCACCUGUUCCACUUGCGCCACGGGCACCCUGUCACUGUGCUUGCUCGAGUGUUAGGUCGUUUGCUGACCCCGUGAGAGCUUUUUCCAAUCCUGAAUGUCACCUUUGUGCCAGCUCCUUGGACCCUGCUCCUGUAGGUCGCCCCACCUCCAGCCCAUUCAGCAUUUUUCCUCUCUUGGUGGCACUAGGUGAUGCCUUUGGGCUUGGCCACAUCUGCUGAGGAUUAUCUGUGCAGACAUUCACAUCCUCUAGGGUUCCUUGGUUGCAAGCAACAGAAAGUUAGGGGAAAGAGGUUUUGAGAAAUGGCUCAGGCACUUGGAAUUGAAGGAAAUAUUGGAAAACCAGGCUGGGGAGCAGGCAGGGGGUGAAGGGGCCCCCGAGGGCUGGGAACGAGAAGCUGCAGGGGUGGAUUCCAGCAGGACUGUGUGCUCAGGGGCUGUCGUGGAAGUGAAGGCACCGCGUGCCUCGAGUCUUUGGGACGUGCACUCAAGACCCAAGAAGGAAAAAGUAGCUAUUUAGUGAGUGUUGUCCCAUGCCCAUCUGCUGCAAUACUGGGACACUGAGAGAGAGGAGCUUUUACAAAUUUAUUCUGAUUUUUAUUUUUUUGAAAUUCGGAGAGAUGGCAUGAGAGAGAUGUAGAGAGAGAGUUUCUGUCCACUGGUUCACUCCCCAAAUGCCUGAAACAGCCAGGAUCAGGCUGUGGAUACUCAGGAAAUGGGACAGAGCUUCUAGGAACCCCUGUCUCUCUCAGAUCUCUGGCUGUUGCCAAUCCCAGCUGCCCAGCCAAUACCCAGGAGCAAGGGAGAUGCAGGAGUUAGAGCAGUGGGGAGCCAAGGAGCCCGCACGGCAGCUUGACCUCCCCUCGGGGAUCCCAUGCUAUCCUAAUGGCAAAUGAGGCUGCCCUUAUCCAGUGCCCCCCUAACAGCCCCACCCCCCAAAGCGAGGAGGAUUGUGUGAUUUUAUUUCUGAAGGAAUUUUUAAAAACACAGCACCUUGUGAUGAUUUAGCCCAGGGCUGAGAGCUAUGUCCUAAUGAGACAGCACUGGCUCUGGGAUGGUGGGGCAGGCAGGUCAUCUCUCUGGGCCCCAGGUCCCUCCUCUCUAAGAUGGUGCAGAUAGGGGGGGCAGCUCCAAGUGUCUCCCUUCUCCAUGCUGAAGGCGUGAUCCCACCACACAGGGUGCACAGAGCCUCAUUUAGUUGGGGCUGCUCAGAAUCGAGAGGCGCAGCUGGUCUCCUAGGUGACUGUCACACAACACUGCAGUCAUCGGUCCCCUCUGCCUGUUUGUUCCUGAAACAAGGUCUGGUAGAAGAACCUAGAGCCACUGUGGAGGGAGGAGAAGCUGGGGCUUUUCACAUCUGUGUGGUGUCAUUGAGGGCCCUGUCAGCACCUCCAGCCCGAGCUGAGUAGUCAGAGAUGAUGUCUUUGGCUCAGGUUCUGCUUCAAAACAAGACAGAAAUCCCUCAGGAAUCCGAACUGUCCCUCAGCAGCAAAGGAGAAACACCUGGGACAGUCAGGUGUGGUGUGGAAGGGAGGGCGAUUACCAUGGAUACUCAGCUUGAUACCCGCAUCUCAGCAUAUGAAAGACUCCUCCCUCCAAGUCCUGUAUAGACAGAGGUUCCACGUUUUAUAACUGAGCACUGCCAGACUGACUUGGGCAGGCAACAGUUUCUUCUUGUGGAGUCUGUGCUAACUGCUGGCAACCUAUGCUUUGCAAAUAUACUUCUGCCUAGGGUGGGGCACCCCAGGUAAACUGAGUGCAGAUCUCAGGUGCUCUCCGCACAAUGCAGACACGUUUGGCAGCCUGUAAAGAAGUGACUCAAUUAAUAAUAAGGUCAUCUGGGGCCUGCGCUGUGGCUCACUUGGUUAAUCCUCCGCCUGCGGUGCCAGCAUCCCAUAUGGGCGUCGGUUCUAGUCCAGCUCUCUGCUGUGGCCCAGGAGGGCAGUGGAGGAUGGCCCAAGUGCUUGGGCCCUGCACCCGCAUGGGAGACCAGGAAGAAGCACCUGGCUCCUGGCUUCGGAUAGGCGUAGCUCUGGCUGUAGCGGCCAUUUGAGGAGUGAACCAACGGAAGGAAGACCUUUGUUUCUCUCUCUCACUGUCUAACUCUGUCAAAUAAAAAAGAAAAAAAAGGGUCAUCUGAUACUCUUCAUAAGCUCACCAUGGACCAGGCAGUGUACUGGAUAUAAAGAAGAUAAGUUUGAAAAAGAAAAAAAGUCAUGAUCUCUUUCCUUUUAGAAGUUUGUGUAGUCUAGUAAGAGAGACACGUGGAGAGUGGGAUCGGCUUCUGGGUGGCAAGCGUUCGGGUGCAGGAGCUGCAGAAUCCCCCGGGGCCAGCUCACAGGAUGACCUGGGAAGGGUAACGGCUGCUCUUGGUAGCAGAGCUGGGCCAGGCACAGGCCUGUGGGCAGGUGUCCAGUCUGUGGCACCCCGAGCAGAUCUAACCCUGCAUGAGCAGGAAGAGGGAACAGGAAAGGCUCCGGCUGCUGCAUGGGAGGGAGGGCCUGCUCAGGCAAGAGCAGAGAAUGUGGAGUCAGGGAAGUGUCAGGGAUGACAGCUGCGGUGAGCUGUGCCUGAGGCCUGCUGCUCACUGCCCACCCAUGGGGCCACCUGUGAGCUCUGCAGGCCUUGGGGAGCCAUGUCACAUCUCUAGGCCUCAGGUCUUCAUCGCAUACAUCUAGAUGGCUUGAAUGCUCUGGAAUUACUUGGCCCUUGUAUUCAUUUCCUAGGGGUGCAGUAAGAAACUACCACAGGGGGCCAGCACUGUGACAUAGCAGGUAAAGCCACUGCCUGCAGUGCUAGCAUCCCGUAUGGGCACCAGUUCGAGUCCCAGCUGAUCCACUUCUGGGAUGGAGCUGCCCUAAUCUGAAGCCAGGAGCCAGAAGUUUCUUCCGGGUCUCCCACAUGGGUGCAGGGGCCCAAGAACUUGGGCCAUCUUCUACUGCUUUCCCAGGCCAUAGCAGGGAGCUGGAUCAGAAAUGGAACAGCUGGGACUUGAACUGGCACCCAUAUGGGAUUCUGGCACUGCAGGUGGUGGCUUUACCCACUACGCCAUGGUGCCGGCCCCUCAGCAUCAUCUUUUUUUUCCUUAUGUAAAAGCUUUUAUUUUUCUUGAAGUUAGAAAACACACACAUAUCCACACAACUCCCAGUUACAGCAGAUGUUUCAUUAAGAUACUACACAAUUUAGAAGCUGAUGAGACCUUUUCAAAUUCAGAAAUUAAAAAUGGUAACUUAUUCUGUUUCAUUAUUAGACUACUAGUUGGCAUUAAACAUUUUUAUAAUUAGAAUAUGGAUUUUUUAAAGUAAUGGUUUUCAAUAGCAUAAUCAUAUCCAGGGUAAAUGGAUUCUAUAACAAUAUUGAGAAAUAAUAUAUUAAAUAUAAAAUUCUGGCAAAAGUAUGCCACAUAUGAUCCAUAUAACACUAUGUAUGUUUCAGAAUACUGACUAAUUAGUAACAAGUUACUAACACUAAUACAUCUAACAUAAGAAAUUUUUCGGUUUUUAGUGUUUGCCAUAUGGGUAUGCCUAAGCUACAUUGCAAUACUAGUGAUGGUUAAGAGUAAGGGCCCUAGAGGUUAUUGCCUGAGUUCACAUACCAGCUCUCUGGCUUUAGGUUUCUGACAUAAACUGUGUAUAUCCCACAUUGUCUCAAAUAAAAAUGAGUAAAACUACUCACAGAGUUGAUAUGAAUAUUAAAAGAGAAUAUAUGUGUAAAGGGCUUAGUAUAAUGUAGUUUAGACCAAGUGGUUACUAAAUAUUAGGUAUUAACAAUGUUUUAAGCAUAGUUUCAUAAUUUUCUUUGUGAAAAUCAAUUGUGUAAAGAUGCAUGAGGAUACUUUAGAUAGUUCAUGGAAAAUUGAUUAAAAAGUUAGUUUAUUUCUUUAUAACUUUUAUUUAUUUGAAAGAGAGACAGAAGAAUGGAGUGCUGGCUCACUCCCCAAAUGCCUGCUGUACCCAGAGCUGAGCCGAACCAAAGCCAGGAGCAUCAUCUUUUAAAAAUAUAUUUAGUUAUUUUAUUUGAAAGGCAGAGUUAUAGAGAGGGAGACAGAUAUAUACCCCCCAUUCCAUGGUUAACUCCCCUAAUGGCUGCAAUGGCCAGGGCUGGGCCAGGCCUAAACCAGGAGCCAGACAUUCUACCCAGGUCUCUCAUGUGCGUGCAGGGGCCCAAGCACUUGGGUCAUCCUCUGCUGCUUUCCCAGGUGCAUUAGCAGGGAGCCAGAUCACAAGUGGGACAGCCAGUUCUUGAACCAGUGCUAAUAUGGGAUGCCGGCACUGCAGGCUACUGCCUGUCCCUCUGUGCCAUAGCGCCACUUCCUCCACACAUCUUCUAGGAUAAGAAGAUGGAGACACAAGGAGUCAGCUCACCCAAAGCUGUUGAAUCACCUUCUAGAGAUUGUCAAAAGACCAAAAAGAUUGAUCAAUAUUAGCCAUAUUUGCAGACAGUAUGCAAGUGGGAAAGUAUGGCUUUAGCUCCUUAUAAUCUCCGUGCUGCCGGUUUCACACUGUCUUGUCCAUUCUGUCCAUUCUUCUGUCUGUGAUAGAAUAUACAUCUAAGUAUGCAACUCCUCUGUUCUAAGUUCCUGAGUGUCUCCACCUUGCCCAAAUCAUAAACACUUAACCCCCCUAUACAACAUGCUACCCCUUCAUGGUUUGGUGCUGUCCAGUCCAGUGUGAAUUCAUGCUUUUGGUCCUCCAACUGACCAGAGCACUGGGAAGAGAUGUCCAGGGGCACAGACAGGUAGGGUAGGAAGACAGAUGCAGAGAACAAGGGGGUCGAGAAGAGCAGUCACCAGUGGAGGACAGAUGGGUGGGGACCACGGUUGCCUGCAGAGGAUGGUGGUACAGUGGGGACAGCAGUCAUUAGUAGAGGACACACACGGUGGGGACAGCAGUCAUUGCAGGGGACAGAUGGGGUGGAGACUGGUCACCUACAUAGCACUGAUGGGGUGAGAGAGGGGUCACCUGCAGAAGACAGAUGGCAAAGGGACUGGAGGCACCUGCAGAGCACAGAUCGUUGGGGGCUGCAGGUCUGUGGAGGCUGAAACAUAAAGGAGCAAGGAGGUUUGUGCAGUGGACAGCAGUAGGGUUCGUGCAGUGGACAGCAGAGGGUUCGUGCAGUGGACAGCAGAGGGUUCUGCCACAGAAUCUCAACACUGAGCAACUGAUGCUCAAGGUGUUGCCGGAGGUGUGGCCCCCUGGUCGGGAGUGUGUGGCCUCACCACGGUCACUAGGUGUGCAGACAGUGAGUUGAAUCAGAGUGGUGGCUGUUGGGCUGGCGUGAUGCCAACAACCUGGACAUGGGCACUCAUGCAGGAGGUGCCUCCCUACUUCUCCCUGCAACAGAAGGUGAGCACCUAAGAGAGGCAUCAGAGGGUAAUGGAGAUUCGGUCCUGACCCGCCCUUGCCCAAGGCUCUGAGCUAGGAGCUGCGAGUCCAGUUAGCGCUGAACAGGUAGUGAGUGGGAGAAGAGCUUGGAAGCAAACACGAAUGUGCCAUUUAAAAUAGAUGGCAUCAAGUUCUAAUAGAGGAAAACAACAAAGAAGAGAAAUCUAAGGGCUCAGAGUGACAGAGUGUGUUGCUUACAGUUGCUGACAUAAACAAAACUGUGUUGCGUUCAUGUCUAACAAGCGGAGACUUCCAACAGUCUUUCAGUUGGGGAAACUGGGGCAAAAAGAUAUUAAAUAAUGAUCCCAUUUGGUUUUGAGAAAAAUUGUGCAUGAUUCUUGGCUCAUUACCAACUGCUCAGUAGAUCUUAGCUGCUGUUAUGUCAAACGGGGAGAAAAACACGAACACAAAAGCACUGCCAUCAAGCAGCCGAUGUCCUGAGCCUUGCCUUGCAUUUACGUUGGCAGUCAUCGCGUGAUGUUGCAAGGGUUGCUUAGCCUCUCUGCUUGCCUGCCUGACCCCAUGAGCUGUGCCUGGCUCAGAAAUGAAAGAUCAAUGAAUAAGCAAACGAAUAACGAAUAAACAGACUUGGUAGAUCAAAUGGCAUUCCUUUUUCAAGUUGCAGGAGUUAACAGGAACCUGGGGGUAGGUUUAGUAAAAAUUGUGGGGACCCUGAAUGAAGACAGCAGAAAGCUCAGGGUUCAGAGCCUUCCUGCUGAGGUGUGCAUCAUAAUACACCUGGGGUUUGUGAGAGAGGAAUGACAAUGGUCUGCAACCUUUAACUCAGCUUGACUGACAUGGGGUGCAACAGUGGGUGUGGAGGAAGGGGUGUCUCUCUGGUUCCCAGGGAGCUUUAGGAUUAGAUGGUGAUCUGUGGCAACAGGGAUGCAAAACUACCCAUUUGCUUUUGGCACUUUCCUGUUUUCAAGUAAUUGUGCAUUAGAUCUGGUUUUUAAGGGAUAGACAUUACAUGAAAGGCAAUGUUCCAUGUGGGCUUAUUCUGCUGCAGUAAUAAAUACGAAACAGCAGGAGCCCAGCUUAGCAAGGCAGAGAGCUGACUGAGCAGGCAGUGCUGGUCCAAUCUGCUGAAAUUCAGCAAAGCAGGGCGCUUGCUCAGAGUUUUAGACAUCCUCCCAAAUCCCCAAACAAUGGAUUCCCAAGAUAGAUUCCUGGAAGCAAAGGUCUUUUCUUAUUGCUGGGACCCACGUCUUGCAGGCUGCACAGAUACGAUGGAGGAGAACCGUGAGUGGCUGUUCUACUCAGGCCUUCCAAGUCUGGCAUGUGGAAGGAAGCUGCUCAGUAACUACCCACGGACUGGACUAGAAAGGAAUCUGGAGUCUUCACAGAGAAAGUAGCUGACUCGUAUAGGGCAGAGCUCAUGGGGUGGUCUUAAAGGACUGAAGCAGUAGCAAAUCGAGGUCAUGACAGUGCAGAAUUAAGAGGAGACAGCUCGAGUUGCGGGUGAGUCUGCCCUCGGGCCUCAAGCUUGGCCUGGUUUCAGAUUUGUACAAUCAGCCCUCCCCUAAGGUGAAGUGCUUACGUCCAGUCACCUCUCUCCCUUCAGCUGCUGAAAUUUUAUUUUGACCUUACUGUGGUACUGAAACAUAUUUAUGUGGUUGUGGGGUGAGAGCGAUUUCAGUUCUUAUGUCAAAAAAUAAUUUCCAUAUGGACAGGGACAGUUAGGAAAGGGAAAUUUAUUGAAAGCAAGAACCCCCCUCCCGUCACAGCAAUCAGGAAGGGGACCCCAAGGGAGGGGCUGCCAGAGAAGCUUGCAAGUGCUGCCUCUUUUAUACUCAAAGUGGCUUGCUCUGAUUGACCUCUUUCUGAAAAGUGAGUACAGUUAUAACCAACAAAGGGGAGAGGAGGAAGAACAACCAAUCAAUCAGAAGGCAGGGAUAGCCAUUACAUGGGGAACUGCAAACGUAUGCUAAUGAGAUGUGCUCUGUGAACCAAUCAGGGAACUGACAUUGGAGUAGCCUGUUUUGCACAGAAGUGUUCAGAGUGCUCCAUCAGUCCCCCAGGCAGACUUAACAACAUCAGAAGACUACACUGUGUUUCCUCCUCCGGUCUUCCCUUCCCCCAGGGCUCCUGGAGAGUUACAUCAUGUGUUUUUCCUUUCCAGGGGCCCCUGGAGUCCCUUUCAGUACGAGGCUCUGUGUGGCGGGUGCUAGACAGGUGGUGUCCCCGUGUUUGCUGGGUUAGCUCUCUGGUCUGGGAGACAUAUGCAUAAGCAAAAACAGCAUAAAAGCGAAUGCACAAGGAACUUGUGGCUAUUUUAAAUCUUCAUCCAGGACAAAAAUCCGUGGCCACCCAGAACCCAGCCUCAUCCAAGCAGCGCCUUACCCUCGUAGCCAUGCUGUUGUGUAUGGCACAGUAUAAAACAACUGCACGAAAGCUGAGAUCCUGUUUUCAAGGCUCCCUAGAUCACCCCUGCAAUUACUCUGUUGGCUCUCAACAGCCCUUUGGCUCCAUGGGAACUGCCAACCUUAGUCCCAAGCCAUCUUUCAGCAACCAGCAAUCUGUGUUCUCAGUUCCUCCCUUGCUGGCUUAGAGUCCAGGGGGGCAUGUCGCCCCCUUGCCUCUCUUUCCCUCUGCUACACUCCCAGGGCAGAACCUCAGCCAUGAUCACCGAACCCCGCACUGACCCUGUGCUGGUACCACACGGCUCAGCCUCCCCGGACAGAACUAAGGUUUGAUCUGCGGCCUUGGGUCUGAGUGCGGGAGGGCUGGAGUUUCGGUCAGUGGAGAUGAGCGUGACUUUAGAAGGCACAGUGGAGAGUGGAGCACAGGAGUUCAGUUUUGCAGAUGUGCAGUCUGAGAUGACAGAGCACUUGGAUUUCUGAGGCUGUAGCACAGAGGAGAGACGCACAUCUGGAAGUCAGCAGUGCACAGAUGGUCUCUAAAGCAUUGAGACGGAUUGGAGUCACCCAGGGGGUGACCAUAGUAGAGAGCGGAGGAAGGUUCUGAGGCCUGAACCCUGGGACGCCCCUGAUGGUCAGGGGUCGGGGAGAUGAGGAGGAACCUGCCUGGGAAGUGAAGAAUGGAAGCUCGGGAGGGGAGGGAAACCAGAGAGCAUGGAGCCGUGAGAUAAGGAAGAGGAGAUAAAGAAGGGGAGGGAGGAGCAAUCAGCUGGGCGAAAAGUGGAAUGGGCUGUGGGGCGAAGACUGAACGUGGACCUUGGGUAUCACUGGAAAACGGCUUCAGCGGGAGGCCACGACAGCGACCUCUGCAGGAGGAGAGGCCUCCCCUUCCCAGCCUCUUCCCACCUCUCUCUGCAGCCGCAUUUCACACCCAGCUUCUCGGACCUCCUCUUUGGGCAUGGCUGGGAUGACGCCCGACUUGGAGAAGGAGCUCCGGGUGCUAAUCCCUCCACACACUCACUGGAUGGCCUUACACGCUCUGUUGGUAGACGGUUGUCCUCCGGCGGCUGAAUGUCAGGAAAAUCCAGGCCAAGGAUCGUCUUCUCCUACCCAAGGGCUG